AUGCACGAAACCCCAUGCAAACCUACCACAAGGAAAAAAUCUAAUUUUCCCUCCUCCUCCUCCUCCUCUUCUUCAGGAGUGCUGGAAGCGGGUUCCCGGAAAUGGUUCUACGGCUCGGAGGACACGGGGCAGCCCUAUCUGGCGACGGAGGAACUGAACAUGACCGCCAUCUUGGAUUACACUGUCUCCUUGCCCUGCCGCGUCUUCAACCUCAGGGACAGGACGGUAUCAUGGAUUCGCUCCCGAGAUCUGACAGUACUGGCCGUGGAUAGACUCACCGUUACAACAGAUUCUAGGAUCAAAGUGAGUCAUGUCGAGGAGAGCGAGGACUGGAUUCUGGAAAUCAGGGGAGUGACCAAACGCGACCAGGGAACUUACGAGUGCCAGGUCAACACGCACCCGAAGAUCUCCACGAAGAUUCAUCUCAAGGUGUUGCCGCAACAAGAUCACACAUCUAUCCUUGAUAUUCCGAUUUCUGACACCGGAGUUGUGAACGACCACGAAGACGAGUCUGGCGUCGGGCACGAGCUGCGCGUGCGCGUGCUCGGGCAGCGUCGGUUGCUCGUGGCAGAAGGCGCACUUCUGCAGUUGGUGUGCGAGGCGACGGGACGCCAGCUGGCCCAGCGGCGUCACGAGGCGCCGCUCGUCACCUGGACACUCGAUGGGUUCCCCGUCACGUCGCAGUGGCCGCAGGACAAGGUGUUGGUGAGAGAAUCUUGGGCAGGCAUGAGCCUCGAGUCCGAACUGCAAGUCACGGGCGUGGCAUACGGUGACGGAGGGGUCUACGCCUGCAACAUCCCAGGGGCAUCGCCAGACCGCGUCACCGUGAGCAUAGUACCCACACACACAGUGGGAGUAACAUCCAAGUUAGCCGACUCAGGUUUUGAGGAAGAAGAAGAAAAAGAAGAAGAAACCGAAGACGACACAGGGUCAGUGGCAUCAGCAAGCCGGGCGGCAGUACUUAGCGGGGCUAUAAUUCUCGUUCUCCUGCUUAUUCAGGCAGCCCUUUGCGUCUUCUACAUCAAGAAAAUUUGAGUCCCCCCUUCAGAGGAGACAUUUGCGUUUUCUAUUUUGAAAGGACGUAUGUGCCGUUUUCUUUCUGGUCAUGGCGAAACAAAUCGAGCUUUCUUUCCUUGCCAAGGUGUGUUGCAAAAGAUUACAAGAAAAGUGAGAGAGAGAGAAAAGAGAAUGACUAUUUAUUUUUGUAUCUAAAGCUAUUGCGGGUCUUUGUGAUUCCGUUGGCAACGGGCGGAGGGAAAGAAGCAAGAUUUCGGGUUUCGCAAAUUUCGAAAAAAAAAGUUGCAGGCAAAAUUUUAGAAGAAAGGCACCUAGACGGAUUUCGUAAAUACCAUAAUUAUUUUCGUAGAGUUCCUUUCUUCUCUUACAGAAAGGGGAACUACGCAGGGUUCAAAUGUACUGCACUGAGUACGGUCUUCUACGACACGCCAGUGUUAUUUCGUUGUUAUUAUGCUUUAACAAUAUUGUUUUGACGACAUAGUGUCGAGAUUAUCCAAAUAAACAAAUAAAACCACUAUCUACAAGUGUUCAAGAUUAAUUAAGGUACUACGAUAUUUAUGUUCAUUAUAAAUGGCCAUAUCUUCAUUAGCAAUAACAAUUUUCCGAAACAAGGUUUGUCACAUACACACCAGUUUUAUUAGUAGCUGCAAUUAUAUCAUUAUAUUAACAUUAUUGUUAGUAUCUAAUGGUGUUACGAUACUUCAUCUUUAUGAUUAUUUAUUAUUGUUAUUAGUUGUUAUAAAAUCAUAAACAUGAUAAGUACCAUUAUUUAUAAUGAUUCAGAUAGCUAUAUAUAUAAAUUACGGUUUGCUAAUUUUGCAAUUGCCAUGUCUAGAUUUUUUAUCACGUACGAAUGGUUAUAUACUCAAAAUUUGGCCGAUCUUUGAAAGUAACUCAAAUCUUUAGGGAGUAGUUGUAGAAAACUUUUGGAUUUUCUUUUGUUAAAAGUUUUAUAAUUUUUACUAUGGAUUAUGAAGGCUUUGGUGAGAGCAUAGAUAGUUUUUACUUUUCUCACACAAAGAAAAUGAAAUGGCCAUUUGCCUUUUUACAGUAAAAGUCCUAGAUUUACAUUUAACCAGUUGUUACAGGUUAUAAUAAACGAAUGCAGAAAUUGCGGUCUGCAUCUUACCUCAGUUGCCUGACACAGAGAACACGUGCAACUUUUGUUUCCUUUACGAAAAUAUCCAUUUAGUUUAGAAGAAUCAGUUGCAUUUUCUUACAGCAUAAGUUACCUGUAUUUACUAAGCCCACUGUUCUUUUUUGCAGUAUGGACUGAACAUGCACUCACUGCAUUAGUAAUAUGUUAUGAUAUGAUGAUUUUAAUCCACAAUCUUAACUUCUUUAGAGCAGACAAAAUACAUUUGUAUUAUAAAAUGAAGACCAUAUGACAGCAAUGACAUGCACAGGCUUUCGGAAAGGACAAGAGCUUAUUUGAAGUAAAGGCAAUGUCCUGGCCAAAUGGGGUACGUUUCCAGAAAUUAGGCGGUACGGGCACUAUUCUAGAUUUUGAGUAAAAGAGCACUUGGGUUUCCUUGGUUUGGAUUAAAAGGGGGCACUUUCCUCUCGCAAAUUUCGAGGAGGGAGAAUUUUCGAGAUUAUGACUGAAGAGCCACUUUGCUUUCCCAGUUACUGACAAAAUUGGAACUUUCCCAGGUUUUGAAAAUUAAGGACUAGAUUUCUAGAUUAUGACCCAAGGCUACAUUAUUCUCAAAUUUUGUUGAAAAUGGCUUUUAAAAUAUGAUGAAACAAAACAAGGGCUCCAACACUGACCCCCCCCCCCCCCCUGUGCAUGUCUCCGUGGUGCAGCUUCUCGUUAAUCUAAAUAAAGUGUUCUCAUAUUUUUUGGUAGAUUUGUCGAAAAAAAAAAUCACUGAAACAUAUUUUGGAUUACGGUUCUUAUUGACGUAUGUAGCCCAUCGAAGGUUUGUGAAUCAAUAGUAUUAUUAUUACUAUUGUUAUUAUUCAUUCAUAUCCAUUUUUUUAGAGAUGAGAGAUAUUUUAUCGCAUCUCAAUGCUUUUGGGGGAAGGUCAAAUUCAUUUUUUUCUUGCAUAAGGUAACAUUUUUUGAUAAAGGUGAGCCAGGAUAUUGAAAAUUAUUUUGUCAUAAUUUUAGACCCAAAAGUGGCUACAAGGAACCUCAGGUAAACUAUCUGUUUGUUCAUAAAGUUCAGGUUAAUAAAUGUUCAAAUAUUUAACCAAGUUUUUUUCUAUUUUGAUUUUGUUGUAAUGCGUCACUCCAUUUCUGUGUCUGUUAUCAUCAUACCAGUUAGAAACACAGUAGCAAUUUCGAGAUGGUAUUGUUUUUGCAUCAUUUCAUUGUGGUCAUUAUCUAGAGGCAAUAAGUUUUGACUUUUUAACCAGAAGGGUUUUCACCAGCACUUUCAAACUCAGACAUUUGUGUGUAUUAUAUGUGUGUGUGAGUGUGUUUGUUUGUGUGUGUGUGUGUGCG